UCAAAUUUCAAACAUAUCCGUUCGUGAGCAGGUUGCUCUCGAGAAGGUGGACAGAUCAACCAAGAUUUCGUUUGCUGAAGGCCCCUAGUUCAGGUCUUCACCCUACAUGGGAUUGAAGAAGAAAGCGAAAGUCAAUGAGCCGGUUGGGUUAGUUGAUUUGUCUUCUUCACCUCUGGAUGAUGAUGAGCAGCAGGGAACUCCGCUUAGGGCAACAUUUUGUCUCAAAAAUAGAGAGCAAUUGACAGAGUUCGAUGAAAAAGAGGAUUGCUUUAUCCUGGAUUUCGACCCUUUCGAUUCCAGAAGUUCUAUUUGUGACGACCAGGACCCAGAAAUUGCCGUCGUUGCAGAAAAAGGCAAUGUGGCCUGUAGAGAUUUUCCACAUCCAAGACACAUCUGUGUAAAGUUUCCCUUUGCCACCACACCUCAUGAGAAAUAUUGCGAACUGUGUUAUUGCUAUGUGUGCGACGUUUCUGCUCCGUGUGAACAGUGGAAUGGAUUAUCCGCUCAUUGCCACGCAAUAAAUACCGAAGCGUGGGAGCAUCAACGGCGAAAAAUGACCUCUAAAUCUGUCAAGAUUUAGUACCUACUUAGCUUGAGGUUGUAUAUUUUUGUAUCCUCGAAAAUGUAGACAUGUAAUGUAAGCUUGGGGCAGCCUGCAUUAUAACUUAUGCAAAAACAUUUGGGCGAUUAACAAUUGCUAUUAUGAUUAUUGUUAUAAAUUGUACCCCAUUCUGCUAUCGUUCUCAAAACCUCUACCAUUACAUCUCAAAAAGUUUGCGUCAACUUUUCAGUGUAUAUAUCACAUU